AUGACCUCAGAGCGCUCAGUGGCGCGUGCAUCAGAAGAUCUGGUGAUGGCUGAGCUGGAGUCGCUGCAUUUCUCCGUGGGCAUCCUCGGGAUCUCGGGCGGUAGGUCGAAGUGAAAAUUCUGAUUUCUGACUGAUCAUUUCUAUUUCCAAUACUUUUUAUAUAGCCUUAAACCGUCUAAAGAAGUAGGUCUGUAUUGCGAUAUAUUAUUGAGUUUCUUGAGCUAUGAGAAGUUGAUCAUAAAACAAUACCUAGCAUUGAAAACCGACUAUUGAUGACUUCAUAAUACUUAAUUGAUCGACAAUCGAAGCAUAUUUGAUACAAAAAAAAGGAGUGGGAAGUUUUAUUUGUUGUUAUUUUUCAGUUUUAUUUGGAUUAUCCUAAUAUGUCUUAUAUAAAAUAUUGUGAUCACACAUUUAUUUGUGAAGGUUUAUAUAGUCGCUGUCUGAUGAACUCAAUUUUUUGCCAAUGUACAUUUUUGUACAUUUAUUUAAAGAAGUAACUCCCCUCAAUGUACUCUGAACAUUUCAUGACUCUAGGACCAAGAACAAUUAUUCAAAAUAGCUUCUUGAAGUUUAAAAAUGGUAUGUUUGUUAAUGGGAAAAUAUGGUACUUUUUAAAUAUUUCCUGAAAUGUUUCUGUUUUGGAAAUACGAGGAUUUCAUCACACAGCUAUGAUAUUAUAUGUAUUAUAGUAUACAUGAAUGUAGGCAAUUAAUUAAUUCACUUUUUUAUUUAUUUGGUUGUUUCACAAAAUGGCUGAAUGAGAGAAGUGAGCAAAGGUGGCACAACAGGAUGCAGAGUGGGCUUUUUUUUUUAUUCUGAUGGUAACCAGGUCAAACUACUGAACCUAGUUGUAGCAGGGACCUUAAGAGUUGUCCUAUUGCCUGGGGCAAGUAAAAUAGCAUUUGGAAAGUUGAGCUUGCUCUAAAGUUGACCCAGGUGAUUAAAAAAAACCCUGAAAACAACAAAACUGUAAAGAAUUCCAGUAAACCUAAAACUGAGCUUUCUGGUUAUUCCACAUUGUUUAAGUAAGAGAUGGACAAUUUAUGGCAUUUCUGGCAGCCGGGCAAGUUGAGCCUGCUCUGGGGAUGCCGCAUUAGGCAGGUGAUUAAUAAAACAACAAUAACUGAUCAGCAAAUAAUUAAUUCCAGUAGACUAACAUAGGACUAGGAGCUAUACUGGGGACUGGCAAAAGCAGUAUAUUUUCUUACCUACUACACUGGAAGUGUAACUUUGGGUCAAAGUGAGCAGAGUGCAAACCACGCCCAGGUUUCUCUGAAAUAAAUAGGAGAAGAGGCGUAGUCCGCUCAUCCCACUAGAUUGUAUUUUUAGCAUUUAAAAUGAAUUUCCUGCAUUUUAAAGGCCCAAUGCAGCUGUAAAAAAAAAGGUGCUUAUCUCAAUAUCAAAUAAUCUCUGGGUAACAAUUAAGUCCCUUACUGUAAUAGUUUUCCAUUAAAGGGGUCAAAAAUAAACAAAAAUAGUUAUUUUUUGCAAAAAACUAUUCUCAUGCAAAAAUGUUGUGGGGAGUGGAAGGGCAACAAAGUUGUGCAUUAACCACAGUGUGGAUCAAUCCACCAGAGAAGAAGAGGCUAAUGGGAGGGAAAUGUAGCCUAACCUGAAAACUAGUUGUUAUUAGCAGAGAGGUUUGGAACUGGUCUAUUAACGUAUACCGCAACUCCACCCAUGCUAAACCUGCUGAUUAAGACAUCCUGUGUUGAUUGUAUUUUCAAACAGCAACUAUCAGGAAAUAACAGCUGAGAUGAUCAGCUGUUGUACAAUAUGAUACAACAUUUGAUUUGCUACUGAAUUUUGACUGCACUGGGCCUUUUACAAGGUUUUCCAUUACUCAUGGCCUCUCUGGAAGGUUUGUAGAAAUACACUGAACAAAAAUAUAAAUGCAACAUGCAACAAUUUCAAAGAUUUUACUGAGUUACAGUUAAUAUAAGGAAAUCAGUCAAUUUAAAUAAGUUAAUUAGGCCCUAAUUUAUGGAUGUCACAUGACUGGGAAUACAGAUACACUACAUGACCAAAAGUACAGUAUUUGGACACGUGCUCGUUGAACAUCUUAUUCCAAAAUCAUGGGCAUCAAUAUAGAGUUGGUCCCCUCUUUCCUGCUAUAACAGCCUCCACUCUUCUGGGAAGGCUUUGCCAUCGAUAAAAUGCAAUUGUGUUCGUUGUCCAUAGCUUAUGCCUGCCCAUACCACCUUCCACCAUGGGGUACUCUGUUCACAACGUUGACAUCAGCAAACCGCUCGCUCACACAAAACCAUACACGCUGUCUGAAAUUCUUCGGUUGUGAAAACCCACAGUUUCAUCAGCUGUCCGGGUGGCUGGUUUCAGAUUAUCCUGCUGGAGAAGAAGCCGGAUGUGGAGGUCCUGGGGUGGCAUUGUUACAUGUGGUCUGCGGUUGUGAGGCCGGUGGGACGUACUGCCAAAUUCUCUAAAAUGACGUUGGAGGCAGCUCUGGUUGACAUUCCUGCAGUCAGCAUGCCAAUUGCAUGCUCCCUCAAAACAUGAGAUAUAUGUGGCAUUGUGUUGUGUGACAAUCCCUGUGUAGGGUAUGACAUAGUGAGUAAUCAGUUUAUUUGGGAUAUGAUGGGACCAGAAUUUUUCUAACCAGGUCAGAUAGUAUAAAAAAAAACUCCUGGAAAAACUCCUGGACCUAGGGAGGGUGAAAACUCUGUCUGAAGCAACCAUGUACUUGUUCAUAUGUAUUCUAUUUUAUAACUAGACUAACAGGGGUUUCCGUUACACAGACACAGAGACAACUGCUAUUAGACAAUAGAACUAACAGGGCUGAGCUUGCUUUAUGCAGGGUUGCAUCAUAGGCCUAUAUGCAUAUGUAAUUAAAAGAUUACAGGUGCAUUAACACAGUUUAGCCUAUGUCAUCACUAUUUGUUGAUUUAAUUAUUCCAGUCAAUAAUUUUCAAUUGAAAAGGCCUAGGUAGCCUAGCCAACCGAAGUUUGAAUGCAAUACAACGCCCGCGCAUGUAGUCGGACCGGAACUCGACCAUAGGCUACUAAUUGUGCGCCCAUUGACGAAUCAUGAGGCAACACGUUUGCCCCUUGACCCUGGAUGUGAGUGAAAGUGGUCUGGUGUGUCAGUCAAGUUGCAGUUCAGAAACUUUGCCAAUAGAGGGUGAAUAUGGAGCUGUGUUCAUUGGUUCCUGUCAAACAAUAUACUUUUUGGUGAGUCGGUCUGGUCUAAAGCCUGCUGUGUUUUUAACUUGUGUUUUUUCUGUUGGUUUCUCCUGCAGGUUCUCUGCUGCUGCUGGUGAAUAACUAUGGCAGCACUCCUGACAAAGACUUCAUCCCCCAUACUGCACUGGGGGUGCUGCUGCUCAUCAUCGCUGCCCUGCUGGCAUACUCUGGUAGCCUACCUACUGUUUAUAACUUAUACAAAUUCUAACCCUACUCUGGUACCCUUUUUUACUGCAUAAAGAGUUGACUGUGAUAGCCUACUUAAAACUGCAAUAUCUAACUUUUUGGGUGACACGACCAAAUUCACAUAGAAAUGUGAGUUAUAGACCUGUCAUUCUCAUUUCUAUGCUUCCCUUUCUUAAGUUUCGUUGUUGCGUUCUUUACUUUCGGUUUUGUACACCAGCUUCAAACAGCUGAAAUACAAUAUAUUGAAAAUAUAUUUCACAGCGGUUUAGAUGGUACAAUGAUUCUCUACAUUGCUUGUUCUGUCACAUAAACUAAAAUUAGGCGAACUAUUAGAAUUUUAGCAACCAGGAAAUGGCGGAGCACCUUUAACUAUACUAACAUUUGUACUAUGGCGUGCAUUCAUGAUUUCAUUGUAUUGACUGUAUGUUUGAACGUAGUAUCAGUCAGAGAUAAACAAUUGUUUUUCCCUCCCUCCCUCCCUCCCUCCCUCCCUCCCUCCCACCAGGUGUGCGUCGCAGCCUGUCCCAGUCCCAGUUGUUCUCCAGUGUGUGUCUGACCGUGUCAGCCAUGUGGUGUGGGUCUGGACUGGUCUACCUGCUCGUUGGGGAGGGGGUGGUGGGGGCUACAGAGCUGAGGUCCUCUUUGGUCCCUGGCCUAGCAGCCUUCACCCUGGCCUUCCUCAUGCUGGCUACAGUAUCUGUCCUCCAGAGAGAGGUGUGAUCUAUUAGAUCUAUCUAUUGAUAGAUUAAUUUGUAUUUUAAGCUUAAUUACUAAAGGAUUUCACCCCAAAUACAGUAUAAAAUGUUAAACAGUGUUAGAAUUAGAAUGUAGUGUCAACUAACCCACUAACAGAGGGAUCUAUCUAUCUAUCUAUCUAUCUAUCUAUCUAUCUAUCUAUCUAUCUAUCUAUCUAUCUAUCUAUCUAUCUAUCUAUCUAUCUAUCUAUCUAUCUAUCUAUAUAUCUAUCUAUCUAUCUAUCUAUCUAUCUAUCUAUCUAUCUAUCUAUCUAUCUAUCUAUCUAUCUAUCUAUCUAUCUAUCUAUCUAUCUAUCAAUUUGAAAGGGGUUGAUAAUUGACUAGAAGACACAUUUUACAUUGUUUGCUGUAACGUAUGGAAAAUAAAGUUGUAUUGUAUUGUUGUAUUGUAGGUGGUCCUGUUAAUCAUCUCCCUGUCUAUCAGCCUGGCCUGUGGGCACCAGAUUGCCGGCCUCUCCUCCCCGGGGUUCGGCCAGUCUGCCACGGCCGCCUGCUAUCUGCUGGUCACCCUGGUGGGGGCGUAUUUUGGCUGUGGUCGCCUGCUCUCCUUUAUCACCCAGGGAAGGGUGGAGGCUCCUGGGACAGGGCUGAGGAGAAGGGCAGAGUGUCAUGGGUCAGGGGUCAGAGCUCCAGAGGACUGUAACGACGUGGGGCCUGUAGGCCUGGUGAUGAAUCUGCUGUCUGCUAGUGUGUUAGCCUGCCCCCUACUGGCUGUGGUUCCUCAGCUCGCUCCGGGUCACGUCCCCUGGCUUUGGACGGCUGCUGUAUUCCAGCUGGUGGUGUGUGUCCUCUCCUACAGAUCCAUGGACUCCCUGACCGCCACCUUCUACGGCUUCACCUCCAUCCUGCACUUCGCUGAGGGCUACAUCGCUCUCCUCACAGCCUUCUCCAUCCACCCCUCCUCCCCUAUCCCCUUUCCCGUCGUCUUUGCUGUUCUAUUCUUCAUCCUGGCUCUGUUCAGCUGUCAGAAGAGUCUAGCUGAGGGUCUCUACCAGCUGUUCUACGUAGCGUAUACUAUCGCCCUCGCAGCCCAGCCCUCACGCUCCUUCCAGUCUGGGGCGCAGGGCGUCCAGGCGGCCAUCUUUAUUGUGUCAACCGUGAUGUUACUGGUCACCUCCUAUAACAACGUCUCGGCCAAUAGGAUUCCUACAGGGGAGGGCGUGUUCAAGGCCCUGGUGACGCGUGUCAGCGGCCUGACUCUCCGCCCCCAUGACAGACACAGCCACGCUCCCUACCUUGGCUACUCCAGGUAUGCUGACGCAGAGGUGUUAGGUCACGCCUGCUCCGUCCUCGCUGUCUUCUCCAUCACGGCGUCCACGGGGGACCGGGCCCCGCUGGGCGUGCUGGUCCUGCCCUGGGCCGUGGUGGCAGGCGGCGUCCUCCAGCUGCUGGUCGGCUCCGUGGCUUUCUCCCGUGGUAAGACCCUAACCCUGGAGGUUUCACACAAGAUUAACACAUUCCAUUUUCAAUUUGAAUGUUGUAUUUAGGAACUAGUAAAAAUGCACUCUAUCCAAACAAGCUUUUCAGGUGUUUGUGAAAGCGAAGAUUAGGUUGUAGAAUGCAUUUUUUAUGUGUUACAAUUUGUAAUGAUUGUAUAUCCAACAUUUAACGUGUACAUUUCCGGUAGGUAAGACCCUUGAGAGCAUGGCGUUCAUCCUGUACGGUGUCAUGUGGUCCAUCUGGGGGCUGACACGGUACGGCAGGCUCUAUGGGGACACACAGGGAUUCAACCUGGCUGUGGGUAUCAUCAGCUUCCUGUUGUUCAACAGUCUGGUGACGGUAGGAGCACUAUUCCUGAACGUAGCCUGGGUUGUCUAUGCCGCAACCUUUCACCUCAUUAUCAUCUCCUUCCUCCUGGACGCCAUGGGAGCACUGCCUUAUGGGUAUGACAUCGGGGUGUCAAUCGUGUUUGGCCUGAUGUCAUUCUACUGUUUCCUGUCUGGUCUGUUCAGCCUGACCUUCCUGACCCCCCAGUUGCCCCUGGGACGGGCGUUAGUCAGGCUGAGUGGGAUGGGAGAAGGAGGGAGGGACACCUGUCUUCAUGUCCCCGCACGCAAGGCCACCGCCGUCCACCAGAUAGCAGGUGAAACAUAAGGGGGCGCCUAACCUGGGCUCCAUCCCAAAAGGCACCCUUUUUUCUAUAUAGUGCACUUAUUUUGACCAGGGCCUGUAGGGCUCUGGUCAAAAGUAGUGCUUUAUGUUAUAGGUGCCACUUGAGACAAAGAACUGGUCACCAACUGUGCUCCUGGUGAAAUACUGUGGGUGCAGGGUUUUGCUUCAUUCCAGUACUAACACACCUGAUUCAAAGUCCUGGUGAGCAGAAUGCAGGGUCUCAGUGCUGGGCUGAAACAGCAAAUCUGCACACCCAGUAGCUCUUUGGAACCAUGACAACCAUUGGUGUAGUCUAGUGCAUCAUUCUCAUUAAAACACUACGAAUAACAGGCUGUAUGUGUAUAUAUGUGUGUGUGUAUGUGUGUGUGUGUGUGCGUGUUGAGGCUGACAGGACCACUUCAUCGCAAGUUCUUUAGGUCUUUAGUUAGUUGGGUUAUUGAUGUGUCUCAACCCAACUCUCCCUAUCCCUCUGUGUCUCCAGAGAUCAUGAAGAGUGGAGGUAUAUGUGGGAUGCCCACUGACACGGUCUAUGUGCUGGUGGCAGCUUGUAACAGACCGGAUGCUGUGGAGAAGGCCUACAAGUGAGUUACAAUUACACUGCAUACUAGGUUAUUAUACGUACAUUGUAGAAGAUAAUUUCAUCAGAUUAAAUGAAUAAACUUUGUACUCACAAUGCUUCAUAGUGGUAGGCUGGUCCCAGAUCUAUUUUAGUUGUCUUGCCAUCUCCUCUGUCACAACCAAGACAGUUCAAACAGAUCUGGGACCAGGCUAUCAUAGUGCAUUUAAACAAACUAUUCUCCUUGUCUCUCCCUGUGUGCUGCAGGUGUAAGCAGCAUGUUGUUGAUGACACUCAACUACUUUUCUCCUUCCCCCUUCUGACAUCCAGGUGGCGACACGCAUCUCUGCGUGCCUGGCAGAUAUCGCAACUUGCAUGUCGGCCAACCACCUCAAGCUCAAACUCGACAAGACGGAACAGCUUUUCCUCCCGGGGAAGGCCUGCCCACUCAAAGACCUCUCCAUCACGGUUGACAACUACACAGUGUCGCCCUCCCAGAGUGCAAAGAACCUUGGCGUGAUCAAAUCAAAUUGUAUUUGCCACGUGCCAAAUACAACAGGUGUAGACAUUACAGUGAAAGGCUUACUAACAAGCCCUUAACCAACAAUGCAGUUUUUAAAAGAAAAAUGUAAAAUAUAAAAGUAUUAAUUAAGAAAAAAAAAAAAUAAAAGCAAAUAGCUAAAGAGCUAUUUGUUGGACAACACCCUGUCGUUCUCUGCAAACAUCAAAGCAGUGACCCGCUCCAGCAGAUUCAUGCUCUACAACAUCUGUAGAGUAAGACCCUACCUCACACAGGAAGUGGCGCAGGUCCUAAUCCAGGCACUUGUCCUCUCCCGUCUGGACAACUGCAACGCACUGUUGGCUGGGCUCCACACUUGUGCCAUCAAACCCCUGCAACUUAUCCAGAACACUGCAGCCCACCUGGUUUUCAACAUUCCCAAGUUCUCUCAUGUCACCCCGCUCCUACGCACACUCCACUGUCUUCCAGUUGAAGCUCACAUCCACUACAAGACCAUGGUCCUUACCUACGGAACAGCAAGAGGAACUGCCCCUCCCUACCUUCAGGCUAUGCUCAAACCCUACACCCCAACCCGAGCACUCCGUUCUGCCACCUCAGGUCUCUUGGCCCUCCCACCCCCCAGGUCCCGCUCAGCCCAGUCCAAGCUCUUUUCGGUCCUCCCACAAUGCCCAUCUUCCGAAAACAUCUGAAACCUUCAAACAGUAUCUAAAAUAAUCCUCCUCCUCACAUUGACCGCUUACCCCCCUUCUAGCUCUGACUACUGAUAGCUACGUUAUUGAGGAACAAUGUACUUUCUACGACUGUGAUAUGUGGUUGUCCCACCUAACUAUCUUAAGAUGAUUGCACUAACUGUAAGUCGCUCUGGAUAAGAGUGUCUGCUAAAUUACCAAAAUGUAAAUAACCUAUUCUACCUGUCUCUCCCUGUGUGCUGCAUGUGUGAGCAUCAUGUUAAUAACCUGUUCUACCUGUCUCUCCCUGUGCAGGUGUAAGCAGCAGGCUCAGGACCGACCCAUGUCUCUGUGGGUGUCCUCUAUAAACCAGUUAGAACCGGUCAGAUCCCUGCUGUCUGCCCUGCUCUGGGACUUCAUGAGCGCAGCAUGGCCCUCCUCUAUCAGCAUGGUCAUAGCCAGGGGUGGGUUAUUAACACUGUGUGUGUGUGUGUGUCUGUGUGUGUAUGUGUGUGCAUGUGUUUUUUGUGUAUGUAGUGUAGUGUAUGUGAGUUAUUAUGAUGAGUUCUUCCUGUCUUCCCCCACCAGGUCCGUGGAUGGAGAUGUUUGGUCUGGGGGAAUCAGCUAAACACAUCGGAACCCCUCAGAGCAUUGCUAUCAGGAACCCAAACUGUGCUGUGGCUACUCAUCUUAUCAACCUGGUGCGAGCCCUAACCCUGACCCCUGACCUCUAUCCCUAACCCUGACCCAAACCCCUGACCUUUAAUCCUAACCCUGACCCUGACUGUGCUGUAGCAACACACCUCAUUAACCUGGUAUGAUCACGGAUUAAUUACAAAAGCAUCCACACCCUGUAGCUUUCUGGGACCAGGGUUGUAGUACAUAUAUACUACAUACAGUAUACAGUAUCUAAAUGGAUGCUUGCCAUCAUUGCCAGAUAAUAUUAUUUUCUUAUUUCUGUCCUGUAGGUGGGUCCCAUUGCUGUGACGUCAGCCAACCCCACAGGAGAAGCAGACACCACACACCACAACCAGGUGUAUGCCAAGCUGGGAGACAAGGUGAAAUAGACACACAGACAUAUCAUAGUUCAGUUGAGUCAAAACUACAUUUGGAAAUGUAAAAUAAAUAUUGUGAUUGUCUCUCACUCACUCACUCAGUCACUCACUCACUGUCUGUGUGUCUGUCUGUCUGUAUGUGUGUCUGUGUGUCCGUCUGUCCAUCCGUCUGUCUAGGUGGAUGGUGUGUUGUGUGAUGGCCCGUCCCCAGAGAACAUCGCCUCCACUGUGGUUGACUGCACCAAGAUAGACAGUGGUCAUAUUGGAUUCUUUCGAGUGGGUCUCAUUCCCAAGUCUCAGGUAAACACAAGGACGCUAACAUGGCAAGAACCUAAAAACUGACACCAACCUGAAGCACCGACCGUUAACAUGAUAAGACUUGACAUGACAGGAACACCACCUCAAGCUCAUGUACUGUAUGUAAUGUAUGUUGUGGUGUGUGCGUGUGAGUGCAUGUGUGUGUGUGUGUGCAUGCAUGCCUUUUAGGGGCCCUUGGUUGGGGGCCCCCGCCCACCCUCGCGGGCAAAACAUUUUAGUGGCCCCCCUCUUGACGGCGGAGAGAAAACAUUUAAGUUUGAAGUUAAUUUCCUGCAAUUCUACACAUUUUUCCAUUGGGCGAAGAGAAAAUGUUGCAGUUUUAAAGCAAGUUUUCUGUAAUUCUACACAUUUUGCCAUGGGGCGGCGAGAAAAGGUUGCAAUUUUAUAACUAAUUUCCUGCAAUUCUACUCGUUUUGCCAUGGGGUGGAGAGACAAAUGUGCAGUUUUACAGCUAUUUCCCUGCAAUUCUAUACAUUUUGCCAUGACUUAUGCCAUGUUAAUGUGAUAUCUGAGUGAGAGCGACUAACAAAAUCAAUGGGGGCCCUCUGGAGGUUAGGCCGCUGGGAAUGUGCACUUCGUGCCCGGUCGGUAAUUGGGCCAUGAUUACUACAAGUUUAGAUAGCUGGGUAGACUAAUUUACCAAUCUAAAAAUGGUUUGCUGACAUGGGCUAAUUGAGUUACUGUCAGUGGCUGACAUAACAAGAGGAAAACUGCUGAUGCACAAACACAUUUCAAAAUUGCACCUUGUGUAUUCUAGUAUUCUAAAUUGAGACCCAAAAAGUAUUUAUUUGGGGGGGUCGUGGGCCCCCUAGCGGCGACCGCCUGUGUCGCUUAUGCCCUGGGCCGGCCCUGCGUGCAUUUGUCCUGUACAAUGUCUGUAAUGUUAUGUGUGUUUCUCUACCAGGUGCUCCAGAUCUUUGAGGAGGUCCAGAAGAGGCACUCUCACGGUCAGAUUAAUCCAGGGUUUGAAGCAGACCUCACAGAGCCUGAUCCUAACCCUAACCUCACAGACCCUCAGAGAAACACAGAUGAAGACAACACAGAGUCUACAGAGUCCUCAACUGUUCCUCCACCCACCCAGUCUCCUGCCUACAUAGACACCUCUACACUAGCAACACAACCAUGA